AUGUCAUCAAUUGCUCAAGAAUUUUCAACAUUACCAAGUGAUUUAAUAUACUUGGUAAAAAAUUUCCCUCAAUACAUUGAUUUAAAAGCAAAUGGACUUGGAAAUGAUAUCAUUCAAAACCAAUUGAUUUAUUCCAUCAUUUGUAUUUCUUUUAAUCCAAUUUUUUGGAAUAUUGUUGCUCGAUUAGAAUACAAAACCCAUUUUUUAACCAAAAUUUGUUUUAAUUCGGCUAAAUUGGGUUGUUAUGUAUUAGCAAUCACAAUUUUUUCAUUGGGAAUUUAUCGUGAUCAUGUUUAUUAUCAAGCAUUAGAAACUCAACCUACUUAUCAACCAUUAAUUGAUUCUGUUAUAAUUAAAUCAUUGGCUGUUACAUUGUUUGCCUUUGGUAAUGUUCUUGUUAUCUCUUCAAUGUAUGCCUUAGGAGUAACAGGUACUUAUUUGGGUGAUUAUUUUGGUAUCUUAAUGGAUCAUCGUGUCACUGGAUUCCCAUUCAAUAUUAAUGAUAACCCAAUGUAUAAUGGUAGUACUUUAUGUUUUUUGGCAACAGCAUUAUGGUAUGGGAAACCAGCAGGGAUUGCCGUGGCAAUUUAUGUGUUUGUUAUGUAUAAAAUUGCAUUAUUGUUUGAAGAACCUUUCACUGCUAAAAUUUAUGCUAAUAGAAGAGAUAAAUUAGAUUAA